AUGUCGCAUAGAAAGUUUGAAAGGCCUCGUCACGGUUCUUUAGGUUUUUUACCAAGAAAGCGAUGCAAAAGAUUAAGAGGAAAAAUCCGAUCUUUCCCUAAAGAUAACAAAGAGCUUGCUCCCCAUUUUACAGCCUUUAUGGGAUAUAAAUCAGGUAUGUCCCAUAUAGUUAGAGAAGUUGAUAAACCAGGUUCUAAAUUACAUAAAAAAGAAAUUGUUGAAGCAUGUACAAUUGUUGAGUGUGCUCCAAUGGUUGUAGUUGGUAUGGUUGGAUAUAGAGAAACCCCAAAAGGUUUAAAAGUUUUAACAGCUGUAUGGGCAAAUCAUGUUUCAGAUGAGUUUAGAAGAAGAUAUUAUAAAAAUUGGUAUAAAUCUGAUAAAAAAGCAUUUACAAAAUGUUUAAAUAUUCCUGAAGCUACUAAAGAAAAAUUAUAUGAUAGAAUUGAAAAAUAUUGUACAAUCUUAAGAGCCAUUUGUCAUACUCAACCAUCAAAAACCCCAUUACGUUUAAAGAAAGCCCAUAUUAUGGAAAUUCAAAUAAAUGGAGGGCAUAUGAAAGAUAAAAUAAAUUUUGUAAAAGAAUUAUUAGAAAAAAAUAUACCAGUAACAAAUGUAUUUAAUAAUAAUGAAAUGAUUGAUGUUAUUAGUGUAACAAAAGGACAUGGAACUAAAGGUGUUGUUAGCAGAUAUGGUGUUAAAAGAUUACCAAGAAAAACCCACAGAGGAUUACGUAAAGUUGCUUGUAUUGGUGCAUGGCAUCCAGCUAGAGUACAAUUUCAAGUACCAAGACAUGGUCAAAAAGGUUAUUUCCAUAGAACAGAAAGAAAUAAAAAGAUUUAUAGAAUUGGUUUGAAAAAAGAUAAAAAUAAUGCAUCUACUGAUGCUGAUAUUACUGAAAAAAAAAUAACACCAAUGGGUGGUUUCCCACAUUAUGGUGUUGUAAAUGAAGAUUUCAUUUUAUUAAAAGGUUGUAUAUCUGGAACAAAGAAAAGACCAAUUACUUUACGAAAAACUUUAGUACCACAAGUUUCGAGAGAUGCAUUAUCACAAGUUUCUCUCAAAUUUAUAGAUACAUCAUCUAAAUUAGGUCAUGGAAGAUUUCAGACUAGUGAUGAAAAGAUUAAAUAUUAUGGUCCUCUUAAGAAAGAUUUAAAAGCCUAA